GCUGAUUAGAAUUUAGAAACAUAAAACAUAAAAAUUAAAAAAAAAAAAUUACAUCACCGACACCAGUUCUGUGAAUUGUACAUUAAAUUGCAUGAUUCAGCAGUCAGACUUUUAUCUCCGUGACUUUAACCUAGAGAAUUUGCCACUCAUCAUCUUUUGAAAAAAGGCAAAAAAGCAUUUAAAGCGCAGUCAAGUUACAGCGAGGUGCAUGUGAAUAGUUAGAUUUGGUUAGUGAGGACGGAAACUGUUAUUUUUGAUAUUCUUUCCAUCUAUUUCCCAAAAUGAGUAUCAGUACCGAGGGAUUAGAUAUUAAAGGAAAAGUCAUUUUCAGUACUGGAAAUAUUAUGUCAAUGAGUGAUAUUACCAAAAAACCUAGUCAAAAUUCUACAGAAGAGUUAGUUGAAGCCAUAAAAUUCACUCUAAAAAACCAGAAGACCAAAUCAAAUGAAUUCAUUACCGAUCAUUUGCAAAUGGGCUCCAAAGGUGAGGAAAUCCAAUUGAAAAUGCAGGAAAUAGGGUUCGAUGACUUAAAAAUUGGACUCAAAGUAUUUUUAAUUAAUGACAAUCCAGCUUUACUGGAAGAGGCCCUUUCACAAGCCCUACAAAAACAAUUGAAUGUCCCGAAAGUUUUUGAUGUCAUAAUUUCUUUCAAAAACCAUUCAUUAGAUGAAGCAGCGAAUCAAGAGCCUAACUUAUUAGACAAAAGUGAAUUUGACAAUUUGAAUCAAAUUAAACCUAUAUGGAAAUGUUUGGAGACCUAUGUCAGCAAAAAAAUAGUGGGAGAAUUAGGAAUUGCUGAUAUUGAAGAGAGCACAUUCAAGGAAUUAUAUGAAUGGGCUACUAUUAAACCCAGCAUUGUACAAAUAAAUUUGGAAACAUGUUGCGUGGUACCGCCUGGAUUACAAUCAUUUUGCAAAGAGAAAGAAGUUAAAUUGUAUACGCAUAAUGAUUCUAGUGUCAUUCUGCCUGAUAAACUCGUAGAAGAGAUGUUCGGAAACACGCUCGAGCUGCAAUGGGCUGUCAGGUUUACAAUUCACAUUAAAUGCAGAGGAGUAUUAACCACCAAAGGAUAUUGCAUUUGUAUGGACACGAAGGCGAAAUAAAAUUAUCAGGUUUUUUUUUCCAAAUUAAGUACCUAAAAUUUCAGUAUUCUUAUUCUUGAAAUAAUAUUAGAUAUUUGCAUUCCCAUCUUUUUAUAUGUUUCAAUAAAUAUUAUACAGCUUCAAUUAUU